CAUCAGUCAGAGAAGGAAAAAGACCUGUCCUACAGCAAAGCCAUGCAGAAGAUGACUGACUCCAACAAUCACUUCCCUCUCAUCCCAGUCAGAGGAGUUCCUCUCAGGAACUUGAUUGCCAACAACUGGGACUCCAUCUGGGCUUUCCGUCCUGACCCUUCAGACCUCCUCAUCGCCUCCUACCCCAAAGCAGGGACCACAUGGAUCCAGGAGAUAGUAGACCUGCUUCUUCACAAUGGAGACACUGAAGCCUGCAAACGAGCUCCCACACCCGACCGCAGUCCUUUCCUAGAGCUCUUCUCCCUCCCAACCUUACCCUCAGGUCUUGAUCAUCUGAAGAACAUGGAUCCUCCAAGAAUUAUCAAGACACAUCUUCCUUUUCAGUUGGUGCCUCCUGGUUUUUGGGAAAACAAGUGCAAGGUUAUCUACAUGGCACGCAAUGCCAAAGACAACAUGGUGAGCUACUACUACUUUGACCGUAUGUGUCUCACCCAGCCUGAGCCAGGGCCCUGGGAGAGCUUCAUGUCCAAGUUCAUGCAAGGAGAGUUGUCGUGGGGCUCCUGGCAUGACCAUGUGAAAGGUUACUGGCUGGAGAGAGAGAAGAGGAAUAUCCUUUACCUCUUCUAUGAGGACAUGAAAGAGAAUCCUCGGUGUGAAGUGGAGCGCGUCAUGAGGUACCUGGAUUUGUCAGUCUCUGAUGAGGUCAUCAGCUGGAUUGUGGAGCUCACAUCCUUUAAGAACAUGAAGGAGAACCCAAUGGCCAACUACUCCUUCAUACCAGCAACUGUUUUUGAUCAGUCCAUCUCCCCCUUCAUGAGAAAAGGUGAGGUAGGUGAUUGGAGAAACCAUUUAACACCUGAGCAAUCAAAGAUGUUUGAUGAAGACUAUAAAAAGCAAAUGAAGGAAGACAACAUACCAUUCAGGACCUUCAUCUGACAGAUUUUGGAUUUUCCAAACUGAUGUAGCUCUGUAAACCAAAGACCGAUGAACUGCCACUAUGAAGAACUCAGGAUGAAGAAAUGCUGCCCGAAAAUUUGAGGCUGGUUAAAUACCAAGUGAAAACAUGAACCUAGAUGAUAAACACUGUGAUCACUGCACCUGAUACAGAGGGAAUUCAUACAAAUUUAUGAUUAACCUAAGUAAAAGUAGCAGUACAACACUCUAUUGUCAUAUUGAUUAAACGUUUAUUUGCUUGUGUGUGCAGGUGUGUGUGUUGUGCAAAUUAUGCACACACUUUAAGCUCCAUCUCUGUCAGGCUCUGUACUGCAGUGUGAGAGCGAUCCUCAUACGUCUACCUGUCUUAUCCCUGUGUAACACACACACACACACACACACACACACACACGUACAGAUGAUGCUGUGGUGCUGACUGAAGCAAUAAACAGACAGGUGGAGGACUGAGGGAGGAUGAGUGGUCCUCAGACGGAUUUCUGCCUGAGGCACCAACACAAAGAAGACCGAGGAACUUUACUGCUGGUUCAAAAGGAUUAGAAAUAUUCUAUGCUGUAAUCUUUGCCUCCAGUCCUAAAAUCUGUUAGUGUAAUAGAGUAUCACUUACCGGUUCAUUUUCACAGAUGUUUGAAGGGUGAAUAUUAUUCUGAUAGGAAAAAAAAGUGGAUAAUGUAGCUACUGUGUUUCCAAGAAGAAAAUUAAAUAGAAAAGCAUCUUCAGUGUUGGUAAUUCAUCUCAGUUUGUGCCUGGUAAUGCAGCACAAUGUUGUGUCAGUGCAUAUUUCUAUUAUCAUGAGCAUCCCUCCUUUCAUUCCUUUAUAUGUUUUGUGUUUUUCUGUUUUAAUCAGUGCCUGACAAGCCAUUGUGUUCAUAUGUGUCAUAUUCUUUUUUUAGGGUUACUUUAUGACAUCUGUCAAGAGACUACAGAUAAAAUAAUGGCAAUUUGAAAAAAAGAAGAGGUUAAUAAGUUUAUCAAACUAUUUCCAAGGUCAUAAAUUAUUGUUUUUUCUUUAAGGCAACAGGGACAAUAAGUCCUAAAAGUGUGAUGGAUAAAAUCAUUAUUUAAGUCACAUGUCAACAGUCUGUCUCCAUGACAAGUCAGUGAACUCCAUCCAUGAUGAAGACCAUAGCUGCAUAGUGUUCCACAGUGUACAUAAAAAGUACCCUUACUUCCUUUUAAGGGAAAGUCAGUUAAGGGAACUUCCCUAAACAAAGUUCCUCCACUCUUAACACCCUGCAACAUCACCAUCGCAGACAUUACUUCCUUCUCAAUUUACCCUGGUAACACAAACACCUUGAUGACGCUACUACACUAGACACUACAUUUUCAUUAAAAAUACAAAUAUUUGUUGUUUUUUAUUGAAGUUACACAGAGCCCAGAGUUUGGUUAGCAUAAAGUUUAGCUUGCUAGUAGAUGAGGUGCAGUAACUGAUGGGUAAACUUGUUUGUCAGUUUGUUUGAGCAGACAAAGCAUUAUUCAAAACAUUUUUUUGAAUAUAUUUUAUUUUGAUUUUUUUAUUAUGAGGAAGAGGUCCAGAGUUACAGUUUAUGUCUCCCACUCUGAACUUACUGUUGCCUUUCUAUCAUCUUGAACCAGUCUAGCCAUUUUCCUCUGACCUCUGGCAUCAACAAGGCAUUUUCACCCAGAGAACUGCUGCUCACCGGAUAUUUUCUCUUUGUCUGAUGAUCCUCUGUAAACCCUAGAGAUGGUUGUGCCCAUCUGGCACCAACAACCAUGCCAUGUUCAAGUCAAUUAAAUCCCUUUUCUUCCCCAUUCUGAUGCUCAGUUUGAACUUCAGCAGGUCAUCUUGACCAUGUUUACAUGCCUAAAUGCACUGAGUUGCUGCCACGUGAUUGGCUGAUUCGCUAUUUGUGUUAACGAGCAGCUGAACAAGUGCACUUAAUAAAGUGGCUGGUGAGUGUACAUGUACAUUGAAAUAUCAAAGUUUAAGUCCUCUGUUUUCACAGUCUAGUAAAGGCUAGUAUUUUAAUCCAACAUCAAUAUACAGAGAAAGGCAACAGUGCAGAAAGUGUUAUCGUCUCAAUGCUAUAAUUAUAGUAGUAGUUGGGGGGCACCAGUGUAUUAUAAUAUUAAGGUGUAACUCAAGCAAGGACAGGGCUCCUACGAAUCUUGUAAAAGGGGACCAUGUUGAUCCUCCUAGUGAAUAUCUUACUUUGUCUCAUCAAAGAGUGCUCAUCAUCUCUCUGACCCAUUGUAUAAACAAGGGAGACUUUGUUGAUACAGCGGGCCAGGAGAGAUGCUGCCAUAGUGUUAUUCUGAUGGGCAGAUAAGUUCACCUCUGAUUUUGUCACACCAAAGAUGGCAGUGACAGGGUUGGGGUCAUGUUUUUUUGCCACACACAUGUGAGAGGGUUUCAAAAAUACAGUUCCACAAGCUUUUCAGUACUUGAUGUGCCUAAAACAUGUGACCCAGAGUGGCAGGGCUUUGAUGACAUCUGGAGCAUUCAGGAUUUACAGGUGGGAAUAUUUUAGCUAAUCUUUAAUAGGUGAGAGACUUUGACCUGUAUCAAUCCAUAUCUUAUACAGAGGGAUGAGGUAUGAAUGUGGGCUAUACUUUCUGUCUAGAUCUCCAUUGAUAGUUCUUUCCCUAUGUCUUCUUCCCAGGCUUUUUUGUUGUCAGCCCAAGUACGCUGGUGAAUAUUUUGAAUCCCAGUUGAAUCGCUGUUCAGUUUUCCGACACAGUUCAAGGUUCCCUUUGAAGUGAGCAUUGUUUGCUUCCGAGGGUUUCGUAUCUACGUGGUUGAGGACCCUGUUUAGUGAACUGGCCUACCAGACGAUUAAAACACACCCCUUGUGAUGUGGUUAAAAGAAGAGCAGAAACCGUUAGUCACUCGAAUCAAUUAGUCAAUCAACAGAAAAUCAAUCGGUAACAAUUUCGUGAAUUGAUUAAAUGUUUAAGUACGUUUUCUUGAUGUUUUAUAAGACUACAAUGGACAUUUCUCACCAUCUUCUGACCUUUAGGAGACAGAAAACAAUCAGCAGAUCAAUUGCUGAAAAUAAUCUGUUGCUGUAGAAAGUAAUUGACCCUUAAGUGGGAUCCAGACCUGAGU